UGAGAAUUGUAUAAUGUUUAAUUUUUAUUAUUUUAUUAUUUCCCUUCCGAUGAUUCUUAGGAAGGAAAAAAAAUCCUUCCGAUUCAGGAAGACGGCCACGUGGCCGAUGGCAGUAAACCACGCCCCCCCCCCCAAAUUACCGACGUCACUUCUGGUCACGUGUGGCGCGUCCGAGGCAAGAUGUCCGCGCCGGGCAGGGAACACGUGGAGGAGGUGGUGGAGGAGGAGAUGUCGGGCGAGGAGGAGGAAGAGGAGGGCGAGGAGGAAGAGGAGGGCGAGGAAGAGAUGGCAGAGGGUAACGGGGAGUCGCAGCCCCGGGUGUACCUGCCUGGGCAGCCGCUCUCGGCGGGCGAGGAGUUGGUGCGCGACGACUCUGCCUACCACAUGUACCACCAGGCGCAGACCGGGGCUCCGUGUCUCAGCUUCGCGUUCAUCCCCGACGAGCUGGGCGAGCAGCGCACCGACUUCCCCCUGACCAUGUACCUGGUGGCUGGGACGCAGGCCGACACGGCGCAGGCCAACAGGCUGCUUGUGAUGAAGAUGUCAAACUUGUUGGGCACUGGCCGCGGUCGCGAGGAGGAGACUGCGGCGGAGGACGAGAGCAGCGACGACAGCGACGACGAGGACGCCAAACCGCAGAUGGACACGGCGCUCAUGCCACACUACGGUGCCGUCAACCGCGUGCGGGUGUCGCGUGUGGGUGGGGUGGCGCUGGCGGCUGUGUGGUCGGACAAGGGCCGCGUGGAGCUGUGGGACCUCCGGCCCCAGCUCGCCGCCGUCGAGUCUCCGCAGGCGCUCGUGAGCUUCGUGCGCGAGAAGCAGAACGAGCUGAGCCCCGUCUUCUCCUUCUCGGGGCACCUCACCGAGGGCUUCGCGCUCGACUGGUCGCCCACCGUUCCCGGCCGCCUGCUGAGCGGGGACUGCAAGAAGAACAUCCACCUGUGGAGCCCGCGGGACGAUGGCUGGCACGUGGACCAGAGGCCCUACACGGGGCAUACUAAGUCCGUGGAGGACCUACAGUGGUCUCCUAACGAGGCGACGGUGUUUGCGUCGUGCUCGGCGGACGCGUCGGUGCGCGUGUGGGACGUGCGCGCCGCCCCUGCCAAGGCGUGCAUGCUCACUGCCGAGCACGCCCACGACGCCGACGUGAACGUGAUCGACUGGAACGGGCGUGAGCCCUUUCUGGUCUCCGGCGGAGACGACGCCCUCAUCAAAGUCUGGGACCUGCGCCAGUUCCAGAAGGGUGAGCCCGUGGCGCGUUUCAAGCAGCACACCGCCCCCAUCACGUCGGUCGAGUGGCACCCGGGCGACAGCUCCGUGUUUGCGGCAUCGGGCGCCGACGACCUCCUCACGCAGUGGGACCUCGGCGUCGAGAGCGACGCCGAGGCCGUUGGCGGCGACACCCCCGGGGAGCUGGCCUCCAUCCCCCCCCAGCUCCUCUUCAUCCACCAGGGCCAGAGCGACAUUAAGGAGUUGCACUGGCACCCGCAAUGCCCCGGCGUCAUCGCCAGCACGGCGCACAGCGGCUUCAACGUCUUCCGCACGGUCAGCGUCUAAUAACCGCGAAGCAGUGACGGAGGAGAGGACACCGGCUGAAACCUGCAGCCGUGGCAGUGGUUGGGGGAAAAAAUAAAAACAAGAAAUGAACUACGACUCUUUUGCACAGCUGGCCAGAAGAGCAGCGAGCUACUAGAAUAUUAUUCUGCUAUCUGAACUCGAUUAUUAGAUUUUUUUAUCCCCCCCCCCCCAGCUUCAUUCCGAUUGUGAUAUCGGCAUCGUUUAAUGGAGUCUCGGUGCCCCGUGCCAUGGGAUAGUGAAGGGUCCACUGAAGAAGUAAACACAGGACUACUUCUGGAAUCUCUUAUCCACAUGUGGGAGCACCCUGCUACAGGAAAUUCCAACUUUUAUUAUUUUUAAUUCUCAGCUGGAGUUUAGCCAAAUUAAGAGAGGAAACAAUUUCACGUGAUGGGGGUGUUUUACGCAGUCAUCGGUUAUCAGGCUGAGAACAUCAACUCGCUUCACCCGAGGACCCUGAACAAUCGCAGGCAUCCAACACUCGGAUUGGAACUCGGGCUCUCUCGGCGGUGCCGGCUCAACGUCUUGGACCACUCAGCCACAUGGCCGCCUUGAAUUGACACCGAUGGGGUUUUAUGAUGGUUUAUUUGUAGAUGAAACCUUCAACUUGCUACACUUAAGAAUCGGGUUGAAACACAGGCGGCCGAAUCCCGGCUCCGAGCCCAGGGCACCGGCUCGGCACCUCCGACCCACCCGGCCAAUUCCGAUUGAGCAGCCUCCAGUGGGGCUUGGAUUCCUGGUCUGGUUGGGUAACACUGCUACCACCGUACCCCGCUUACAAAGUAGAGUUCACCGCAGCUGCAACAGCUCCGAGCGUGUCUGCCCUGCCCCGUCUCCCCGUCGCGGUGGGAACUCUUUUAGCUUAACGGUCGACGCGCGGCGGAUGACCCAGUGGCGGUCACGAGGCGCCUCGGUGUGUUUUUCUUGUAACGUGAUUCCGCCGGUGUGGGGGAAGGGGCGUUAGAGAUGCCUGCGUGGUCACGUAACUCCGCGGUUGCGUAGGAAAUAAAAGCGAGCUAUUUACACGA